UUUAGUGAGGGGCGGCUCUAAAAGAGAAACAGCACACUUCACACGACGUCGUUUGGAGCGUAAACCAAAUAAGACCCGACCCACCCACUUUAUAAUUUGAGUUGACCCAUCUCUCUUGUCAAAUGGGAAAUUGCGUAAGAAGCAACCUAAGAGAUUUGGGAGGAAGACGAUCGAUGGAUCCUCGGAUAUGGCACAAAGUCGCCGCCGUUUCUGGCAUGGCUGCUCUUGGUUUAGGAACUUACGGUGCUCAUGUCUUUAAGCCAGAAAACCCUUCUUACAAACAGGUGUGGCAAACGGCUUCUCUUUACCAUUUGGUUCACACUGCAGCUCUUGUUUCUGCUCCUAGUACCAAAUAUCCCAGCAUCGUAAGCUUCUUCCUUCUCUUCUUUCCUCUCUUUAUACCUCACACAUAUCUCUUUCUUCCACAGUUUGGUGGCUUGUUGACUGCUGGGAUUGUGGCCUUUUCCGGCACGUGUUACAUGGUAGCAUUGCGCGAGGACAGGAAGUUUUCUACAUUGGCACCAUUCGGAGGCUUUGCUUUCAUUGCUGCAUGGGCAACUCUACUUUUCUAAAGAAUUUCAAAUUAUAUUUACUGUCAAAUUGUGGUCAUUCUUGUGCCUUAUCCUACUGAUGAAGUUACUUAUGAACUCAAUGUUUCUCCUCAACGAUUGCUUAAUAAAUCUAAAUGACCAGAUUAUGUUAGCUACGUGCUUUACUUGUUGAAUUUGUUGCUGAAAGGAUUAUUUAUAAUAAAUGGCCAUAUUAGUGUUAUCUUAA